ACUUGGGCGUUAGCAUAGAGCUGAAUUGUAAGGCCAUGGAGUUGGAAGAGAUCUCCUUGGGAGAAAGUGUUAAUAGGGAAGAGAAGAGGGCUGAGGGUUAAGGGCUAAAGCCUUGGCCUACACCCACAUUUUUAAAUGGAAGUGGCUUUGGAUCCAGCAAAGGAGGUUGAGGAGGAGCCAUUGAGAGGCGGAGACGACAGGAAAUUUAAACCGAAGCCGCGGCCCAGGGCGCGUAGAGAAUGAUGUUAUAGUUGCAGAGGAACAGCCGGUGCACGGGAAGCUGAAAGAGCUCAUGGAACCCGCGAAUGUGAUACGGCGGCGGAGUACGGAGGCCGAGAAAGAGCCGAGAAUUUGAAGAGGGAGCCGGGAAAGGGCAACGAUUGCCUUGAACUGGAGAGUUCAAUGGCUGAGAGUAAGCUCCGGGCUCCGGACCUAGGGGUUCAGCUAGGAGUUUCCAGUUGUCUGGGAAAAUGCCAGAAGAGCUCACCAGAUGCUGGGAGGCAGCCCUUUUCUGGAAAGUCCUUUUACUUGGAUCUGCCCGCUGGCAAGAACCUCCAGUUUUUGACGGGGGCCAUCCAGCAGCUGGGUGGGGUAAUUGAGGGGUUUCUGAGCAAAGAAGUAAGUUACAUCGUGUCCAGCCGCAGGGAGGCGAAGGCCGAGAGCAGCGGGACAAGUCACAGAGGCUGCCCCAGCCCCAGCGAGGUCACAGUGGAAACACUGUCCGUAGCCAACCCAAAAGGCAGCCGUGCCAGCCCCGCACAGAAAGCUGUGGACUCGGUGCCUCUGAGCAGAGGGAAGGAGCUCCUGCAGAAGGCUAUCAGAAACCAGGGCAGCAGCGGCGGAGGCGGUGGCGGGCGCGGCAGCAGCCUCCUGAGCAACGCCCGCUCCUGGGGGGUGCGGAUUCUCCACGUGGAUGAAAUGAUGAUGCAUGUGCAGCAGCUGUCCCUUGAUGCGCCAUGUGUGAAGAAACAAGGGCCAAAGAAGCCCGAGGGAACGUGUCCAGCAGAGUCAAGAACGCGGAAAGAGCUCAGGCCCCGCACCGGAGCAGACAGAUGGCUAACGGGCGCACUCUUCCUUCCAGUGGCCAGACUGAAGGCACCGUUCCUCAAAGUCGAAGAUGAGAGCAGGAAGUUUCGUCCUUUCCACCAUCAGUUUAAAUCCUUUCCUGAAAUUUCUUUUCUGGGACCCAAAGACGCAAGUCCCUUUGAGGCCCCGACGACUCCGGGCAGCUCGCACCAUACCAGAGAAGCCAGGGACCAGGAGCCAAGCCGGCGAUCGGCCGCCUGCACGGUGCCCAGGAGGAGGAAGGGGUACUGCGAGUGCUGCCAAGAGGCCUUCGAGGAGCUGCGCGGGCAUCUUCAGAGCCCCCAGCACCGGGGCUUUGCCCUGGAAGCCCACCCGUACGCCGAAGUGGAUCAGAUCAUCGCCCAGCUGAGCCACAGCUUUGCGGACAUCCCCUUCCAGGCCAGCCUCCCCGGGCAGCCAGGCUCCUUGGCUUCCGAUUGUGACCCUCUGUGUCCUGAGAUUCCGCCUCCCAGCCAGCCCUCCUGUCUCAGGGCAGCAUCUCCCAGGAGGAGGAAAGAAGAGGAUCACCAGGCCCCAGGUGCCUCAGAGCACGACGGGACAGUGGGCGGCAUGAAAGCACCAGCUGAACCUGUGGAGGCUGGCAAGAUACCUGGACCAAUAGCAAGCCACCAGGAGCCGGGAGGGUCGGCUGAUGUCUUUGUGGACCCCCGAGAGACACCAGUGUCCAGGAGCCCUGCCUGCCAGUGCCUGCUGACCAGCUCUGGCUUUGCUGAACUCUCCUCUGGCCCAGACCUGGCACUUGUUGGCCACAAGCGGAAGGUUCAGUUCCCCAGUGGCAAUGCCGAGAAGAGGCCAGGGGUGUCCUGGCCACAGGCCUCAUGCUUCGUCCCGAGAGCCCCCAGCCCCUGUGGCACCCGGGCAACCAGUGGCAAGCAUCUUCUCUCCCUUGCCCUUCCAGGCCAUGAGCCCAGGCCUCUGGCCUCCCUCCAGCCCGUGUGCCACCAGGAGACCUGCCUCUCCCUCCCGGGCCCCUUUCCCGGGCAGCCCACAGACAGGCCAGCAGAGUUCUGGGCCACACAGGCCCCCUGGCCUGGGGGAGGAUGGCCCCCAGGAUCUAAGGAUUCUGAGUGCGCAGCCUCUGGCCCUGUCUCCCAGCAGGCUGAGCAGCUCCCCAGCAGCCCCGCAGCUCCAGGCCAGCUGCCAGCCCAACUGCACUCAGCUGCGGGCCCACAGACCCCAGGAGGACCUGCCGAGAGCCAGGCUACCUCUCUGCCCCCGCCCCGUCCAGCCAGCGGGGGGGCCGGCCACUCCCGAUGGUUCUGGACCCCCCAGCCUCUCCCUGUCUCCCAGUCCCAACCCCAGCCCCGUGCCAACAGAGAACUACUCCUGUGAGUCCCCCCGGGUGCGCAGCUCUGGGGCCAGACAGCUCCCGACUCAGGGCAAAUUCCACGUCUGCUGAGUGCUGCACACCCAGCCCAAGCUGACCAAGCACACGAGGAGGAGCUGCGCCUGGGGCCUGGCCCUUGAAGUCCACGUGAACAGCUGUGGUCAUGGCCAAGCUCGGGGGGGUUGACGGGGCCAGUCCUCCCACCCGCCAGGUGUUCAGGUGGGACCAAGAGGGUCUGGGCUGGGGGCUGCCCUCUCCCCUUCCUCCAGCCAUGGCUCGUGCAGCCAUGGCCGGCUGCCCAGGGCAGGGGGCAGAGGCACAGUUGGGGCAGGGAGGGCCCACAGAGAAGCUAGAGCAGCAGGCGCCCUGGCCUGGCUCACCGUCCCUCUGCAGGCACUUGCUCUGCAGAGCUGAGAGGGUUAGUUGUCGGUGUUCACACCCCCCAGCCUCCUUUCCCACAAGCCUGUGGCUCUCCUGCUCUCUGAGAUGCCUGCGUGUUGUCCCCUCCCCCAGCCCCCCACGCUGGUGCACACAGAUCCUCGGGAGCAUAUGAAGCAGAGGAGGGGCGCGGCUGCGCCACUUCCAGAGCCCCCUCCCUGCUGCACUUCGUGGGGGCCCGGCACGGACCUCUCCCCUGAGCCCAGGAUGGAGCCAGAGCCCCCUCUGGGGACCCCUCUCGGCUCUUGCCUGCCGCUCAGCUCUGGCUGCCCACCCAGAGUUCGGUUGGCUCACCUGCCAACUGCUGCAAUCACCCUCCUCCCUCUCUCCUUCCCCAAGGACCCCCCCCCCCAUUUCUUUCAGUCAAGCCAUUAAUCUGGAGACAGAUGAGUUUGCUAUCGAUUCUUUGGCCACUUUUUUUUUUUUUUUACAUUUUGUACUGUGGUUCUCACCCUUCUCUGCCUCUGUGUGUUUGUCUCUUUAAAUGUGGAAGCUACCAGAAGGCUGGUGCUAUUCUGUAUCUCAUUUUGGAGGAAGAAAGGGGUGCCUACCUGCGGGUGAGGACCUGAGUUGUUAGUUUGGAAAUAGAACAACUAUGUGUACAACCCUCAUAGAGGUCAUGUUUGUCCCUUUUAUGCCAUCCUGUUAAAUUUCACAAUUAAUCUUGGU